CUGUUUCCAGAGAAGAAAGAAAAAGAGUAGAGGAGAAGCCUCCCCUCUCUUUUUCUCAACUUCGCCCCCCUCAAAUCCCGCGAAAUUUCUAUCGGAUCCCCCAGAUCUGAGAUCCCCGAUGGCGGCGCCCUCCGCCUCCCGCCGCCUCCGCGAUCUCCAGUCCGCCGCCGGCAACAAAACCUGCGUCGACUGCAGCCAGAAGAAUCCUCAGUGGGCUUCGGUCUCGUACGGGGUCUUCAUGUGCCUGGAAUGUUCCGGAAAGCACCGAGGGCUAGGGGUCCACAUCAGCUUCGUUAGAUCCGUGACCAUGGACUCGUGGUCCGAGAUCCAGUUGAAGAAGAUGGAGGCUGGGGGUAACGAUAAGCUCAACGCGUUCUUGGCGCAGUAUGGGAUCUCGAAGGAGACGGAGAUUGUUAAGAAGUAUAAUACUAACGCUGCCUCGGUGUAUCGGGAUCGGAUUCAGGCGUUGGCGGAAGGCCGGCAGUGGAGAGACCCACCAGUGGUCAAAGAAAGCAUCCGAGGUGGGUCCCACGCUAGGAAGCCACCGACAGGCCAGAGUGGUGGGAGUUCUGUGAAGAGUAAUGGAGGAUGGGAUGAUUGGGACGACGAUUUCAGGUCAUCAGAUAUGAGGAGGAAUCAAUCAGCAGGGGAUUUUAGAGCGGGAAACGCAGGUGGAAUGAGAGGAGGGCAGCCAUCGAGAUCGAAAUCAACUGAAGAUAUUCAUACGAGAUCGCAAUAUGAGGUAUCAGCUGCUAAUAAGGAGAGCUUCUUUGCGAGAAAAAUGCAAGAGAAUGAUUCGAGGCCUGAAGGGCUUCCACCAUCUCAAGGAGGUAAAUACGUGGGGUUUGGAUCAUCACCGACACCUGCACCCAGAAAUAACUCGCAAGGGCAGGGGGAUGUGAUGUCAGUUGUUUCUCAGGGUUUUGGACGUCUCUCUCUUGUUGCAGCUUCCGCUGCUCAGUCCGCUGCUAGUGUUGUUCAAGCAGGCACAAAGGAUCUCUCAUCCAAAGUUAGAGAGGGCGGAUACGAUCAAAAGGUGAACGAAACAGUGAGCGUGGUUGCAACAAAAACAACCGAAAUUGGGCAAAAAACCUGGGGUAUCAUGAAAGGCGUCAUGGCAAUUGCAUCACAGAAGGUCGAGGAGUUCACCAAAGAGGGAGGAGGAGGGUUUGACGGUUGGAAACAAGACAAUUGGCAACAACAAAACAACACCUCUAAAAAUGGCUACUGUCAAGAUUUUGGUCAGGGGAGCAAGAACUCGGAUAAUUCAAGCAGGAAUUACAAUUCCAAUAGCUCUUGGGACGAUUGGGACGACAACAAGAAUCACAAGGAAGAAACUAGCAAGAAAGGUAAUCAAAAUGGUGAUGACUGGGCCGGAUGGGAUGAUGGUAAGGAUGAUGAUGAUAAUGGUUUCUAUAAUCACAGCCCAGCAAAUAAGGGUAAUGGUCAGAGGUCUGGUUCUCUGUGGACUGAUGGUGGCUUCCUCUGAUAUUUAUUCAAGGUACCCUUUUUUUUGCUUUUAACAAAUAUGAAAAUAGGGGUUGCUUGUGACAAUGUUUGAUGCGUGUGUAUUUUAUCGUUGAGGAGGACACGGGGUCAACUGCCCAAUAAUAUCAUUAUAUAUGUAGUGACCGUGAACAAAAUGAACUGUACUUUAGUUUUCCCCCUUUUCUGAAAAAAAUGUUAUACUUAAUUUUUACAUUGUUGUUGCUGCUGCGUCUGCUGCUGCUGGUAAUGGUUACCAUAUGUACUUUUUUUACA